AUGAGUUUUGGUUCAGAUCACUACCUUUCCUCCUCCUAUAGGAAGAUCUUUGGAGACCCUCCUAGGUCAACCAGUCGCCUAGGCGCCAGCUCUUCAUCCAGGACAACCAUUUCUGGUGGUUUCAGGUCCCAUUCCUUGUCCCGCAGCAAUGUCCCUCUGCAAUCUUCUUACAGGAGAUCUGCCCGAGCUGGUGGCUAUGUGUCUGGAGAAAACUUAGACCUGACUCAAAGUUCAGCCACGAACAAUGAGUUUAAAAUCAUCCGUACCAAUGAAAAGGAGCAACUUCAAGGUCUCAAUGAUCGGUUUGCCAUGUUCAUUGAGAAGGUGCACAACCUGGAGCAACAGAACAAGGUGCUGGAAACCGAGCUGAUAGCCCUAAGGGAAAGGCAGGCUGAACCUUCAAGGCUUGGAGAGCUCUACCAGCAAGAGUUUAAAGAUCUCAGGUCUCAGAUUGAGGAGCUCAACAAUGAGAAGGCUCAACUCAUCCUGGAGAGGGACAGCCUUGAAGAUGAUCUUCAGAAACUCAAGGCUAGGUAUGAAGAUGAGAUCAGGAUGAGAGAGGAGACAGAGUAUGCUUUGAAAGCACAUAAGAAAGAUGUAGAUGAUGCCACCUUGGCACGUCUGGAUCUGGAAAAGAAGGUGGAAUCUCUUCUGGAUGAGAUCUCCUUUAUGAGGAAAGUCCAUGAAGAAGAAGUCACAGAGCUGUUGGCCAUGAUUCAAGCCUCUCAGGUCUCAGUAGAGAUGGAGAUGGCUAAGCCUGACCUGACUUCAGCUUUGAAGGAUAUCCGUUCUCAGUAUGAGUCUCUGGCAGCCAAGAACCUGCAUUCUGCUGAUGAGUGGUACAAGUCCAAAUUUGCCAACCUCAGUGAGCAGGCAACUCGCAGCUCAGAAGUCCUCAGAGCCAACAGGGAGGAGAUGAACGAUUACAGAAGACAGCUCCAGUCCAAGACCAUCGAGACCGAGAGCCUUCGUGGUACCAAUGAGUCUUUGGAAAGGCAGAUCCAGGAGAUGGAAGACAGGCACAUUGCAGAGACGACUGGUAUGCAGGAUACCAUUAAUCAGCUGGAAAAUGAGCUGAGGAGCACAAAGGGCGAGAUGGCUCGCCACCUGCAUGAAUAUCAGGACCUGCUAAAUGUCAAGAUGGCACUGGACAUAGAAAUUGCAGCAUAUCGGAAAUUGUUGGAGGGUGAGGAGACCAGGUUUAGCACCAGUGGAAUGAGCAUUAUGCCUCCAAACCCAUCCCACAGUUAUUCUUAUCAGCCUCGAUCCAAUAUUUCAUCCUCUUCCAAAAUAACAUCAGCUUCAUCCUCCACAAGGAAAGAUGAAGCAGAUGCAGGCAGCAAAACAGCCUCUAAAACACCUACCCACAGAGGAGGAACCUAUGAAGAAAUCAUUGAAGAAACUGUUGUUUCAACCAAAAAAAUAGAGAAGUCAGAACAGAAUGACGGUUGA